AUCAACAAAUUCCUAAUGUAUCUCUCUCUCUCUUUCUCUCAGGUGCUGGGGAGUCCGGAAAGAGCACAAUAGUGAAACAGAUGAGGAUCCUACAUGUCAAUGGCUUCAAUGCAGAAGAGAAGAAGCAGAAAAUCCAUGACAUCAAGAAUAAUAUUAAAGAAGCUAUUGAAACCAUAGUAACAGCUAUGAGCACCCUGGCACCGCCUGUGCAGUUGGCCUGCCCACAGAACCAGUAUCGCAUCGAAUACGUCCUCAACCUCGUCACCCAGAAGAACUUUGAGUUUACAUCUGAGUUUUACGAACAUGCGAAGACACUGUGGCAGGACGAGGGGGUCAGGGCAUGCUUCGAGAGAUCCAACGAGUACCAGCUGAUCGACUGUGCACAAUACUUUCUAGACAAGAUUGAGAUUGUGAAACAGAAUGACUACACUCCGACAGAUCAGGAUUUGCUGCGGUGCAGAGUCCUGACAUCGGGCAUCUUUGAAACUAGAUUCCAAGUGGACAAAGUUAACUUUCAUAUGUUCGAUGUUGGCGGUCAAAGAGACGAGCGCCGGAAAUGGAUUCAGUGCUUUAACGAUGUAACGGCCAUCAUCUUCGUGGUGGCCAGUAGCAGUUACAACAUGGUGAUCAGAGAGGACAAUCAGACCAACCGUUUACAGGAGGCCCUCAACCUCUUCAAGAACAUCUGGAACAACAGGUGGCUGCGGACCAUUUCUGUCAUCUUGUUCCUAAAUAAACAGGAUCUGCUAGCAGAGAAGGUGCUGGCAGGGAAGUCCAAAAUCGAUGAAUACUUUCCUGAAUUUGCUCGCUACACCACACCUGACGAUGCCACACCGGAGCCAGGAGAAGAUCCACGUGUUACAAGGGCAAAGUACUUCAUAAGAGAUGAGUUCCUGAGGAUCAGCACAGCGAGCGGGGACGGGAGGCACUACUGUUACCCGCACUUCACCUGCGCCGUGGACACAGAAAACAUCCGCCGUGUCUUCAACGACUGCCGAGACAUCAUCCAGCGGAUGCACCUGCGGCAGUACGAGCUGUUGUGAUGGGAGAAACCAACACAUCGGACUAUAAACAGCCCUGAGUCUCAAAACUCUCCUCUUCCACAGAAGGGUGUGAGCUCUUGUAAGGAACGGGGGCCAAAACACGCAAACAAACACACACACACACACACACACACACACACACACACACACACACACACACACACACACACACCCUGAACCCAGAUCUUCCCCCUGAUGCAAACUCUCACAUGCAGUAGACGGCGCUAUUUUGCUGGAAAGGUUUUCGGGGCUAACACAUAAACAGACUUUGAUCUCCACCUUCAGCCAUACUCGCAGAUCUAAACGACAUAUAUCCCCACACACGUUACACACACCUUUCUAGAGAAGCCCUGAGUGGCCCCUGGACAGUAUAUCCUUAAGUAAAGAGGGUUUGAUCCAGUUGUGAGAUUUCCCUUAUGUUGAGGUUGGGGUAAAAACUGAGCGACUACUUCAGUGCAACAGAUGACUGUUGAAUAACUGCAAAUAGAUCAGCUGAACACUGCAUCUUACAAAAAAAUAGCACUGUGCUCAGGGCUCAAAUCCUUCCUAUCAUGUACACACAUCCAUGUGCAACCACAGGAUCUGCUCGCACACAGAAACGUAUCACACCUGCUUUUUACUGGACUGCACAACCGGGUAGGAUCUGGAACCGUGCCGGUCUGCGGACGAGCUGAUUUAUCCGGCACAGUGCUUUGAGAUUAAACUGAGCGACGAGGAGCAGCGUCGCCACAGACUAAACAAACCAAGGGUGUAUUGUGAUCGGGGGUUCACAAAAAACAUGACAUGGACUACGAUGUGAAUUUUUCUGAUGGAGUCACGACGACAGUUCCUCGCCUUCUCCACCGAACUGUUUUGCCACCUGACUUUGCCUUGUUGGUAGUGGAGCGAAAUGUAAAGAGGAUACAUUGAGUUUAAAAGAAAAAAGAAACAAAAAAAGACUUUAAUGGAGCUUCACUAACGGAGGGCGAAAAGCAUCCUUCUACAGUACAGUACCAUAUAAGUUAAAUUGAACUCAUCUUGUCAUGGUUGACCCUGUUUUACUGUCUCCACAGCUGUUUCUGUCUGUGUAGACUUGUGUGCCAUUGUGCCCUGUGCGCUCUCUUUCUUUAUCUUUACUCUCCGCCUCUGUCGUUCUCUCCUUUUUUUCACCUGAUGAUUUUACGGCCUCAUUUUCUCCUUUACUCUCCCUCCUCGUCCUCGCCAUCACCUGCCCAUCUCCAUUUCUACCUUCCUGGCAGUGCACUUUUGUUUUGAAGAGAAAAUAAAAUAUAAUAAUCCUGGAAUAUAAAAAACAACCACAACAAACAGGACACUAAUUUCUUUUUCUUUUUUUUACUUUCUCUGCCAUUCCUCCAUCUUUCCUCUUCUCUCCUCCACCCUCCCCUACCUCUCUCUCCUUUGUAUGUCUGUCUUUACAUUACUGCUGAACUAUUAUUCUUGUACAGACUGUAAAAUGUAUUAUUUUGUACAACUUUAUUGAAAAAAAUAACUUUUAGAAGAUCCCUGUGCCUUGAUCACGACUGUACGUGU